CUGAACACAGGGAAAGGAAGAAAGGAGUUCUUCUCUAGCCUUUCUCAGAGGGGUAACGUUUCUGUUAAGAACUUUGGAAGGUGGCCACCUGACCAUCAGUGAGGAUCUUCUCAUUGGUGAGAAAUAAAGGACAGACAUACCUCGGCACAAGGUAGCCUCUUCCUGCUGGGUCAAAUCCCCCAUCCAGGAGUGGGACCCCCGCCCCCCGCGGGAGUGGGCGGGACCGGGGCGGAGCAAAUAGAAGUGGGCGGGCCCUUUCCUGUCGACGCGCCGGCGUAAAGGCGCUACUGACGUAAGAGGACAUCCGGUCCGGCUCCUAGUGUCGAAAGAGGGGUAAAAUGCCUAAAAAAAAGACUGGUGCGAGGAAGAAGGCAGAGAACCGCCGGGAACGGGAAAAACAGCUCAGAGCAUCAAGAAGCACCAUAGAUUUAGCUAAACAUCCAUGCAAUGCAUCAAUGGAGUGUGACAAGUGUCAGAGGCGGCAGAAGAAUAGAGCGUUUUGCUAUUUUUGCAAUUCUGUACAGAAGUUACCAAUUUGUGCACAGUGUGGGAAAACAAAAUGCAUGAUGAAGUCUUCAGACUGUGUCAUAAAGCAUGCUGGUGUGUAUAGUACUGGCCUUGCUAUGGUGGGUGCAAUAUGUGACUUCUGUGAAGCUUGGGUUUGCCACGGUAGGAAAUGUCUCAGCACACAUGCCUGUGCCUGUCCUCUUACUGAUGCUGAGUGUGUGGAGUGUGAGCGAGGUGUCUGGGACCACGGAGGCAGAAUAUUCAGUUGUUCUUUUUGUCAUAACUUUCUCUGUGAAGAUGAUCAGUUUGAACAUCAAGCCAGCUGCCAGGUUUUAGAGGCGGAAACAUUCAAAUGUGUUUCAUGCAAUCGACUUGGUCAGCAUUCCUGUCUUCGUUGUAAGGCUUGUUUCUGUGAUGAUCAUACAAGGAGCAAAGUGUUUAAGCAAGAAAAAGGUAAACAGCCUCCCUGCCCCAAAUGUGGACACGAAACUCAGGAAACUAAGGAUCUCAGCAUGUCAACACGGUCCCUGAAAUUUGGCAGGCAGACUGGGGGCGAAGAGGGAGAUGGAGCUUCUGGUUAUGAUGCCUAUUGGAAGAAUCUUUCUUCUGAUAAGUAUGCUGAUAGCAGCUACCAUGAUGAAGACGAAGAUGAAGAGGAAGCAGAGGAUGAUGAAGAGGAAGAAGAUGAAGUCGGAAAGGAUUCAGAUGCCGAGUCGUCAGAUUUAUUUACUAAUUUGAAUUUAGGAAGGACCUAUGCCAGUGGCUAUGCUCACUACGAGGAACAGGACAACUAGGAGAGCUGCUUGUCCAUGGGUGACUGUGUCCGAGACGAGCCAGAAUCUGUGUGCUUAAUGAAUUGGGUGUGGAUGUUCAGAAGCACUGUCACUUAGCCUUGUGCAAAAGACUAGUCAUGCACUCCCUGGGUUAAGGAGUGGGGCAUAGCGUUUUUAUAGGAGCUGAUAAUCAGGCUUAUAGUAUAAGAAAAAACGAGUUCCAAGUGUAAGAUUUUAUUGAUUCCAAGCAAUUGAAGCAUCAUGGAUUGGAGUUUUCCUGAUUUCAGUAAUCAGUAGGUUAUGCCAAUUAGAUACAUACCCAGGAUAAAAGAAUAGAAUGGUAAUAUAUUUGAUUGAAAUUAGAUUGCUGUUUUUAUUAAAAAAAACACCGCUUAUAUUCAUUCUCUCUGAUUUUGUAAGAUGGUAAUGGGUAAAAUGAAUUAUUGUAUUUUUCCUUGUAGGUCCACAGGAUGAGAAUCAGAUGUUAAAUGCUGAAUUUUCAUUAAAUAUCCAUGUUAUCUUAAGUAGUCAUGAUAUGUAUGUUUUAGCAAUUACUCAUUCAUUUUUUUCUUCACAGUGUGUGUCCUGAGCAGUACCUGUUAUUAAUGCCUAAAUGUAUAGACAAAGGUGACUGAAUAGUUAGUUUGCAGAGACGUAGAGACAGAGACAGUAUUAUUACACAGAUGCAUUUAUGCAUUUGUCUUUGAAUAAAUCUAGUAUUUCACUUCUA